AUCAAUUUCCACCCCGGCCAAUAGGUUGGGAUUUCGAUAGUAGUACAAACGAAAACGAUCAUCAUGAUGGCGAUGAGGGAAAUUCGAGUGGCAACGAUGAAGGAGGAGGAACAGAGGGAACAAGAGGAGGACAAGACAGAGACCAAGACAGCAGUCGAGAAGGGAAUCAUGGCGUGGAAGAGAGCAAGAGCUUCGAGCCAGAGGACCUCCCGCACAACAAAAGACGGAGAGACAGACAAGAAGAAGAGCUGCCAAAAAGUUGCUGCCAAAAUGACGAUGAGAAUAGUGAUGGUAGUAGUGGUGAAAGCAAGAAGAAUGAUAAGAGAGAGCACUCCUAAACGAAGUCGAGUGCAGGGUGACAGUCUUAGUAGACACGUACAAUUUUCUUCUGUUAUUACUACGGUAUCUGUCUUUAAUCCUGAGAAUAGCCUCCUCCUACGACGCUCGGUCCUGGGGUCCCAGAUAGUGGACUAUAGAAGAAACAUUUUGUGUUUCCCGCCGCACUGA